UUAACUACAAACACAUACAAUACUCCAAUAAUUCUGAGUGAAUCGUUAUACUUAAACUCUUUGAGAUUUCUUAGUUUAGGCAACAAUUAGCACUGUCAAUUUGUCGAAGACAUACGGCACGUCAUUCUUCAAGAAGCUCUUCGACUGUCAAUUCGGUAAACUUAGUGAGAAGAAAGCUGUCGAUCAUCUGAGUCUGAAAAUGUAUCAUGGUCAAAUCACGGCACUCUUAGGUCAUAAUGGAGCCGGAAAAAGCACAACAUUUAGCAUGUUGACAGGAGUUACGGCACCGUCGUCAGGCACCGCCUACAUUGAUGACUACGACAUUCGCACGAAUUUACCGCAGAUUCGCAAACGAACUGGACUUUGUCCGCAAUAUAAUAUAUUGUUCAAUUCAUUAACAGUAAUAGAACAUUUGGAGUUUUUCUGCAAGUUAAAAGGUCGGGAAUAUUUUGUAAAGGAGGCUGUAGAUCUUUUGAAACGACUGAAAAUCGACUUCAAGAUGACUUCAAGGGCUGGUGUGCUUUCCGGUGGACAAAAACGUAAACUAUCGCUAGCGAUCGCUCUCAUUGGCGGAUCUGAGAUUGUGAUGCUUGAUGAACCAACAUCGGGUAUGGAUCCGGGAGCACGUCAUGAAACCUGGACCCUUCUUCAGGCAGAGAAAAGCAAAAGGACGAUUCUGCUAACGACACACUUCAUGGAAGAAGCUGAUCUAUUGGGCGACAGGAUCGCGAUCCUUGCUCACGGGCAGUUACAGUGCUGUGGAUCAGGCAUGUUCUUAAAAUCGCAGUACGGGAAUGGCUAUCAUUUAACGGUGGUCUAUGAAAACUCAUCCAAACCUGACGAGCAAGUAACUCGUACAAUGGAUCUUUUACGACGUUACAUCACUGAUAUCCGAUUGCAGUCGUUGGUCGGACAAGAAGCCACAUUCAUUAUCUCUUCAAAUUGCAAGGCACAAUUCUCCUCGAUGUUCGCGAAACUCGAAAAAAUUCAAGGAAAACUCGGAAUCUCGUCGUUCGGGAUGUCUGUAACCACCAUGGAGGAGGUGUUCUUGAAGGAGAAAACGUCUUCUAAAUUUUCAAAUAUUUUUCAAAUAACAAAGGACAAAUUCUCUUCCUUCGUUGAUUUUUAUGUUUUUUCAGGUCUUAAAGUGGCAAGACAUCUUACUGGUUUCCCAUAUUACUGGCAACAAGUCGAAGCUAUGUUUAUCAAAAGGACAAUAUAUUUCUACCGAAAAUGGAUUAUGUUCCUUAUUAACUUACUGUUUCCAAUUCUCUAUAUGGCAUUGAUGGUGUGGACGACGAAACUAGUCCCAUCACCUACGGCUCAACCAAGUUUAAAAAUUGAUCUCUUACCGUUUGGUGGAAGCAAUGGUGACGGCUAUCUCAUCAUUUCUAACCGUACGGAUCCUCCUUUCUUCAAUAAUUUUGCCUUCACCUCCGCGCCACUGGCGAUCAGUAUCGCUGACUCGAUGACCAUCUCUGCAACGCUAAAGAGGAAUAUAUCAUUAAAAGUGAAUAACUAUCCAUUUCCUCCAGUGGCACAGGAUAUUCUAAAGAAUCGUAACAUUUCAAACAGUGCAGCUUUCAUUAUUUCCUAUGCGGUUAUUGUGUGUAUGUCGAUUGUCGUCGCUGCUUGUUCUCAGUUUCUGAUUAGAGAACGCAAGAACAAAAGCAAACACAUGCAGAUGUUAUCAGGUCUUCGCUGCUGGAUGUACUGGGGCACUGCGUUCGUCUGGGAUGUAUCAUGGUACGUUGUCGAAAUGGCCGCAUUCAUUGGUAUUCUAUACAUCUUCGACAUAGAACCAUACACAAAAGAUGGCACAACGAUUCUCAUUUUACUAAUGGCAAUGACUUUAUACGGAUUGACAGCUAUACCGUUCACCUAUUGGUUUUCCUUUAUGUUCACCUCAGCACCGAAAGGAUUUACACUUAUCGUAAUGUACAACAUCAUUACAGGUAUGAUUGGGUCAAUAGCCGUUCCUAUUAUACAACAGACUGCCGAUGUUUAUACGGCAUUCGAUUGGAGUGUGGUUCUCUCUUUCUUAUUUCCUACUUACGGUAUCUCCAACGUUUUUACAGCGGUUUUUGUAUCUUUUCUUCAUUUAGGUUUCGUGUAUUGGUUUUUCGUAUUCAGUUACGAAAAUAAUCUUUUUCGAAGUCUCAUAGCGUCCUGCAUGGAUCGUCGGCGAAGGAAGCGUAUAGUUGAUGAAAUGGUGAGAGAAUACUGGCAUGAACAACGACAGUUCCUUCUUAUUACCAAGCCUGAGACCCAUAAAAAAUUGUACGGCGAUUUCAAUGCUAUUAAGGGCGUAACGUUUCACGUGAAGACGGGUGAAUGCUUCGGGUUGUUGGGAAUAAACGGUGCCGGAAAGACGAGCACCUUUCAGAUGAUCACUGGUGAGAAUGACAUCGACGAUGGUGAUGCGUUCAUAUGCGGAUGGAGUGUCAAGACGAACUGGCGUAAGGCUGGAGCCAGUACUGGCUACUGCCCGCAGUUCGAUGCUGUUCUUAAAGAAAUGACCGGCGAGGAGACACUCUACAUGUUUGCUCGGAUUCGUGGAAUUCCAAGGAGAGAUAUUCCAAAAAAGGUGAACGCUGUUAUUCAUACGAUUGGAAUCGGAUUAUACGCUAGACGGCAGAUAAAAAGUUAUAGUGGUGGCAAUAAGAGACGUCUUUCCCUUGGAAUCGCUCUCAUCGGACUGCCACCGGUUUUGUUACUUGAUGAGCCAACAACUGGUGUCGAUCCGAGAGCUCGUCGAAUAAUCUGGAACAUAUUUUCAAAAGUACGAUCGCUUGGAACAGCACUAGUGCUCACUUCUCAUAGUAUGGACGAAUGUGAGGCGUUGUGUACUGAAUUAGCCAUUAUGGUAGACGGAAAAUUCAAGUGUUAUGGUAGCUGUCAACAUAUCAAGAGCCGAUUUGGUGCUGGAUUCACUUUGUUAAUACGUCUACGAAACUGUGAAGGUGUUGACAGAAUAAAAAGCGAAAUUCUGAAAAAAUUUCCUGGUGCAGUAUUGAAGGAACAUCAUCUGCUUCAAUUGGCUUAUGAACUGCCAAAGCGGAAGGGAACCACUUGGUCUGGUUUAUUCGAUAGACUUGAAGAACUCUUAAGGGAUUUCGACUUCGAAGACUAUUCACUCAGUCAAACAACACUCGAGCAGGUAUUCCUGGGAUUUUCCCGAAAUGCAACGCAACCAGAACACAACAGUUACAGUGGGUUCACUAAUGAAGUCGACGGGAAGCUCGCGCACAUAGACAAAUACGCAACAAGAGGUUAA